UCAAGCAUAUACAUAACUUAAGAUAACAUGGGUAAUGGAUUGAGUAUGAAACUUCAUAAAUGGUCAAGUCCUGCAUUUCCUGAAAAGAUUGCUCUCAUAUGCACUUGCCUCACCGACAAAUCCAAGCGUAGCAUUUUCCGUUUGAAAGUGAGUCCAGAAAGGGUGCUGUUGAGACUGGCAGAGUCUGUGUGUGAUCAUCAUCCAGUUCGCUUAUUUCACAUGGAGGUCGCUGCUCAAAGAGACGCCAUGAACUGUUUCAACUUUCUGCAAGUGAGAGUGGUCGUAGAUGACACUUCUCAACAGACUCAGUACAAGGGAGAGGACUCUCUGAGCGAUCUUUGUGGAAGGAAAAGUUGUUUUUAUGAAGUGAUGCGGAAAGUUGAAAGCAACGGUUCUGUGGAGACGGUUUCUUGGGAGUUUUUUCACUCAUAUAGAGUGACUCUUACAAGGCAUAUCAGAUAUCAUGUGAUCAUUGAGUGUGACAAAGAGACAGGAAUUAGGGCAAACAUUAGAGGCCCUUUCGAAUGUGAGGGUUCAGUUGUAAGAGAAGAAUGUCCAAAAGGGUCACCGAUUCAGCUUGUGGAAAAAGGAAAGCCAUCAAAAGCUAUGAGAGCCUUCGCUGAGAGCGAGUUUAAAGGUAAAGAGUAUAUCCUCUUCGCAUGUGGUGCUUCUCGUAAUCAAAGUGUCAAUAUUGUUAACACAGGUGCAGUUUUUCAUGGUCAUGGUAAUGCCUCAACGUACAUAGAUUGUAAGAUUGAUAUGCAAACGUCUGUGGAAAAUUCACCUUCAUCGUGAAUUAAUCAUAGCUUCGAUAGUUAAAAUAAGAAAAAUAUUUUUUUAACAA